UACGGUUUCAGAAAAUGUCUUCUGGUAAAGCUCGCAUUGGGAAGUCAGCUCCAGAUUUCAGUGCCAUAGCAGUGGUGGAUGGAGCCUUCAAGGAAUUAAAGUUGUCAGACUACAGAGGUAAAUACUUGGUUUUCUUCUUCUACCCACUGGAUUUCACCUUUGUCUGUCCAACGGAGAUCACAACCUUUAGCGACCGAGUUGAAGAGUUCCGCAAGAUCAACUGUGAGGUGAUUGCUGCCUCUGUCGACUCCCAGUUCACCCACCUGGCUUGGAUCAAUAUCCCAAGAAAGGAGGGGGGCUUGGGUCCCACAAGCAUCCCACUUGUGGCUGACAUCAAUCACAGUAUUGCCAAGGACUAUGGAGUACUCAAGGAGGAGGAUGGCAUCGCAUACAGGGGUCUGUUCAUCAUUGAUGACAAAGGCAUUGUGCGGCAGAUCACAGUAAAUGAUCUUCCUGUGGGACGCUCGGUAGACGAGACACUGCGCUUGGUGCAGGCCUUCCAGUUCACAGACCAGCAUGGUGAAGUGUGCCCAGCUGGCUGGCAACCUGGUGGUGACACAAUCAAGCCCACCGUGAAGGACAGCAAGGAAUACUUUGCCAAGCAGCAAUAGGCCUCUUAUCUUGCCUGUCCACUGAGCUACUGAGAGAAUCUGUUCAAAUGUGAAAAGGGUAUUUGAUACUGAAUCUUCCACUCCAGCAUCU